AUGUCCAAUCGCUUCAUCUCCGGAGGCACGAUAUCCUCCUCUGGCGACGACCGCCCUGAUCAAAGGCCCGGCGAAGACACUGGUGUCUCUGCGGGCACGAAUGCACAGUGGGAAGCUGUGCAGAAGCAACUAGAUGCGGAGAGACAGCAACGGGAAGAAUCCAGAAGGAAAGCCAUCGAGGGCGGCGAGAGGUCAUUGUACGAAGUUUUGCAAGAGAACAAAGCGGCGAAGGAAGCUGCCUUUGCAGAGCAGGCGAAGCUGUCGAAUCAGUUUCAAAUGUUGAACGAGGAUGAUGUGGACUUUUUGGACGAGGUCCGCGAGAAGAAAAGACAGGAGGAGGAAAGACUAAGGAAAGAGACGGAGGAAGGCUUGAAGCGGUUUCGGGAGCAGCAGAAGGGCGGUGAUGAUGGCGGCGCGGCCAAGCAGGCAGAGGAGAAUGAGGCAUGGACUGUUGGCGGACGGAAGAGGAAGCGCAAGGAGAAAGAGGGCGGCCUUGGCGUGAAGAAGAAAAUCGUGAACGAUGUGAAGAAAGACGACGGGUUAAAGAAGGAGUGCGAUGACGGUGCGAGGCCGAGUGAGGAUAAGACAUCGGCCCCUGAGGCGGAGGCGAUUGUACAGAACAAGAAGCCGUCAUUAUCAGGGCUAGUGAGCUACGAAUCGGACGACAGCGACUGA